AUGAGGAAUUCAUAUUAUCAAAUCAUUCUGUGGUUCUUGAGUUGGCUACCAAUCUCUGUUGGAAAAUUUUCUGAAGUCCCGAAAUAUCGGUUCAAAAAAAACCAAGCUCGAUUCAAUAUUGAAGAGGCUCAAGAAGUGCUAUUAUGGGUGGAACAGGUUACGGGAAUCCAAUUUGAAGUUGAUCCAGGAGCUAUGCAAAAUGCACAGGACGUUGUUAAUGCUCUGAAAGAUGGAGUACAGUUGUGCGCGCUGAUGAACUGCUUAAAAGACAAACCAGUCGCUUUUAAUAGAAGACCAAAAAUGCCUUUCCACAAGAUGGAAAAUAUCAGUAUCUUCCUUGACGAAGCUAAAGCUUUUGGAGUGCCGGAAAUCUCGUGCUUCCAAACAGUAGAUCUAUACGAAAACAAACAGUGUUACAAAGUGAUUGAGUGCUUGCGAGCCUUGGCCACAGUGGCGAAGUCAAAAAACGCUGCUGUACCAUUCCCCUCUUGGGUUGUAAAAUUAUCACAAAGUCGGCCUAGAGUGUUCCCAGAAUCCGUAAUACGACGAGGUGAAACUGUCAUUCCCCUUCAGUAUGGGACAAACAAGUGCGCUUCACAGAAGGGUAUGACACCAUAUGGACUCACUAGGCAAAUCAAACCAGAAAACUGA